ACAUGGCUGUAUUUGUGUUUCACAUCUCCAUUUCAAGUUUCCUAAUAAAGAUUGUGUCAAGUAGUAGUAGUAGUAGUAGUAGUAGUAGUAGUAGUAGUAGUAGUAGUAGUAGUAGUAGUAGUAGUAGUAGUAGUAGUAGUAGUAGUAGUAGUAGUAGUAGUAGUAGUAGUAGUAGUAGUAGUAGUAGUAGUAGUAGUAGUAGUAGUAGUAGUAGUAGUAGUAGUAGUAGUAGUAGUAGUAGUAGUAGUAGUAGUAGUAGUAGUAGUAGUAGUAGUAGUAGUAGUAGUAGUAGUAGUAGUAGUAGUAGUAGUAGUAGUAGUAGUAGUAGUAGUAGUAGUAGUAGUAGUAGUAGUAGUAGUAGUAGUAGUAGUAGUAGUAGUAGUAGUAGUAGUAGUAGUAGUAGUAGUAGUAGUAGUAGUAGUAGUAGUAGUAGUAGUAGUAGUAGUAGUAGUAGUAGUAGUAGUAGUAGUAGUAGUAGUAGUAGUAGUAGUAGUAGUAGUAGUAGUAGUAGUAGUAGUAGUAGUAGUAGUAGUAGUAGUAGUAGUAGUAGUAGUAGUAGUAGUAGUAGUAGUAGUAGUAGUAGUAGUAGUAGUAGUAGUAGUAGUAGUAGUAGUAGUAGUAGUAGUAGUAGUAGUAGUAGUAGUAGUAGUAGUAGUAGUAGUAGUAGUAGUAGUAGUAGUAGUAGUAGUAGUAGUAGUAGUAGUAGUAGUAGU